GCAGCAGAGUAGGGGCAAGCUGGGGUAGCGGCCGGACGGCAGCAGUGACACCGGCAGCUUUAAGCGGGGAUCCGCCGAGGACCCGGAGCCGUCCUCACAGUGCCGGGAUAAACAGUCUCAGGUCUCUGUUAUCGAUGGGGAACGGGAGGCGGCAAACGAAAAGCCGACUGGGGGGAUUCCAGGCGAGGAAUUUCCUCGAAGCGCCUGGAUUUGCACUGGCAGCCGACCAGGGAGGAACGGCUGCAGGAGACGGGAGUGUGAGAGGAACGGAGGUCUCAGCCCAGCCACAAGGAGCCUGUAAUAAGGAGAUAAGGAGCUGAAGAUCAGCAGGAACUCUGAGGGCCGCCUGAACCUCUCUACCCCGCUCUGAUUGUUUUAUGGUGAAGAAGACCAGGUUUUCCAGAAGGAAGUUUUGAAGUAUCCAGCCCACGACACUGUGCAGCUCUCCAGAAGACCCUGUUCACCAGGCGGAAAGCCCAUGGGGGGGGUCCGAGGACUCUGACCCUCCGCGCGGCCCACCGGGACCGCAGCCAUGUCUGCCUGCAACACCUUCACUGAGCACGUGUGGAAACCGGGCGAGUGCAAGAACUGCUUCAAACCCAAGAGCCUACACCGCCUGGCCGAGGCAGGCCUGAAAAACGGGCCUCAGGAGCGGCCCGUGCAGCUGCAGAGUCACACGCCUGCAGCGGGGAGGCCUAACGCCAACGUUGCCAGCCCCUACGUGCGCAGUGGCGGCUCAGGCCGUCCUGGACACUUCCGGCCUCCGGUGGCCAAGAAGCCCACCAUUGCCGUGAAGCCUACUAUGAUGCUGUCCUGCUCCUCGGCCGGAUUGGACUCCGAAGGAAACCGGGUGACACCGGAUGCCGUGGAAGCUGGAAAAAUGCCAGACUUUGCAGCUUGGAAUCGCAAUGGGACGAAUUGGAAGAGGCCGAGUGGAGUGAACAAUAAUGAAGGGGAGGAUGGAGGGGAGGAGUUUGAAGGCUACGGGCCACGUAGCUGUCGGGUACCCGCCAGUGGAAAUAACAAUGGCUUGACUGAGGUGCUAAAGGAGAUUGCCGGUCUGGGAACUGAUCUGGGCUCUAGCUCUGGGUCCAGCUCCAGGGAUCUCUUUCUGGGACGCAUCAGCACCUCAUACAAACGCUCGCUGGAGCGAGGCCUGCCAGCCUCCAGCUGCCUAGCUAUGGAAAGCAGCCGCGGGGGGGCAAGCCACAAGCACGUCUCCCUGAGCGACAGCACCGAGGUGAUCAGCACCGAGGGGGGUCGCUUCUGCUACCCAGAAUUUUCCAGCGAAGGGGAGGAAGAAGAGGAAGAAAGCGAGGGUGACGAUGGGGGUGAGCACGAAAGCUGGGAUGAGAGUGAUGAGGAGCUGCUAGCUAUGGAGAUCCGCAUGAGAGGACAGCCUCGCUUUGCUAAUUUCCGUGCCGCUACCCUAUCCCCAGUGCCCUUUGCUGCAGGCAAGAAGUGGAACACUGUACCUCUCCGGAAUCGCUCACUCCAACGGAUCUGUGCUGUUGACUAUGAUGACAGUUACGACGAGAUACUCAAUGGCUAUCCUUCAGUGGACUCCAAUGGUGGGUUCGUCCCCUUUGGCCAGCAUGACCUGCAAGGUAGUGGCUUCUUCUCCAAUUCUGAAUCAACCACUUCUCCCGAAUCAUCGUCUUCUGCCCCAGAGGACUCACGGACAACCACCUCCAGUAGUACCAGCAGCGCUCCUAGUCACUUGCCUAAUGGUCUGCACUCCCCGUCAGAAAGUCGAGAGCCAGUUCCAGACAGUGCAGCAGAGAAGGAGUCAGCUCAGCGAGGGUUGAGGUCACCAAAGGUCUCAGAGACCCACAAAGCUGUCCUGGCCAUCAGGCUUGAGGAACGAGAUGGGAACCAGAAAGAAGGUGGACCCCUGCCUCAGGCACUUCCUGGCCAACCAGUCACCAUUAGCUUCAGCCCCACAGAAGAGCAAGCUAAACCGUACCGCGUAGUCAGCCUAGAAAAGGCUCCUAUCUGUAAGCCCUACACUGUGGUGGAUGUGUCUGCAUCCAUGGGUCACACUGAGGAACACCCAACAGACAGCACCUCCAAACCAAAGGGUUCAUCAGUUUCCUCCACUUCUUCUCCCAGUUCCCCCUUGGGGCUGCCGCUAUCUCCAACAUCCCCAGUCUCCCCAACAUCAUUAACACCUUCUGCACUGCUAAACGCAUCACGCAAAAAACCUGGCAACAUCCGUUACCAGGAGGUCUGGACUUCCAGCACUAGUCCUCGUCAGAAAGUCCCCAAGGUUGAACUGAUGGGUGGGGCUACCUCUGGUCCAGUCGUACCUCCAAGGCACUGCAGCCACAAGUCAGCACCAACCUCCCCCACAGCUGGUCUCUCCUCAUCCUCCCGUACUGUCCCUGUGAAGUCACCGAACUUGUCUGAAAUCAAGUUCAACAGUUACAACAAUGCUGGUAUGCCGCCAUUCCCUAUCAUCAUCCGUGAUGAACCGACCUACGCCCGCGGCUCUAAGAAUGCUGUCAAAGUGCCCAUUGUCAUCAAUCCUAGUGCUUAUGACAAUCUUGCGGUUUAUAAGAGCUUCCUGGGGGUGAGUGGAGAGAUACCCCCGGCUAAGACAGCAGGAAGUGGAAGAGUGGCUAGUCACACAUACGAGGAGAUAGGCUCUGCUGAGAGCACACCAUCCUCUCCGAUAGAAACAUGUGCUAACGGGAACUUCAUAUCAGAGAAAGUUGCUGCUGAUGAGAAGAAAGUCGGCUCCGUAGCACAGAAAGUCCAAGAGCUCAACUCAGGAUCCAUUACGGUUUCUAGUAUGACUCCCAGCUCAGCUGCAAUGAGCAGUCUCUUGCUUACAUCUCCUCCAAUGGGAAGCUUAGCCAAAGGGACUUCCUCAGCUGUCUCCCAGGGGUGCUUUGGCAAAGUCAGCAGGGAGAUGACCCCUGACAAAGUGGGCACCAGUGAGUACCAGCCAUCAACAGGCACUGGCUCUAGCCACAGGGAGAAGGCCAGCACUGUGCUUUCUCAGAUUGUAGCCUCCAUACAGCCGCCGCAAUCGCCACCCGAAUCGCCGAUGGCACAGAGCAAAACUUGCAGUGCUGAGGAGCUUUAUGCAGUACCGCCUGAUGCCACUAAGGAUACCCUCAGCAGACCCAAGUCUCUUUUCUCCACCACAGAUGGAUGCCUUUCCAAGCCUAGGAAAGAUGGCACUUCUAAACAGCUACCAAAAUCCCAGAGUUCCUCUGCAGCCAUUCCUCCAACCAGCCCCAGGUCUGAACCCAACGCUCCUUUCCCCCCUCCCAGGUCCACUUCCUCACCAUACCAUGCCGCCAACCUACUUCAGAGGCACUUUGGUAACUGGGCCAAACCAGCAGCAGGGACCUCCCGCCCCAGUGAGGGUGAGACCAGCCCCAGCGGAGGUGAGGGGAAACGAGCAGGGGCCGAGAGCACUAAGCCCAAGCGCUGGAUCUCUUUCAAGAGCUUCUUCCGCCGGCGGAAAGAUGAGGAUGAGCAGCGGGAGCGCACCGAACGGGAAAAGGAGAAGGGAAAACUCCUGGGCCUCGAUGGGACUGUGAUCCACAUGCUGCCCCCACCGCCCAUCCAGCGCCACCACUGGUUUACAGAGGCCAAGGCAGAUGACCCCAGUCAGAAGCCCACCAUCAUCUUCACAUACAAGCCUGAAGUUGAAGCAAGUAUGGAUGGGGAAGAGGGCCAACAGCUGCAUGUGGAGGAACUGAGAGAAACUUUGCAGCUGACCCAUGAGCAAACGGGGAAGCAGCUGAAGUCCGGGACAUCUUUGGUCACCAGGGAUAUCAGCAUGGUGAAGGCGCAGGGCACAGAAGGCCACGCCCCUACUACAGCUUCCUUGUCGGCCAUGUUGGAGAUGUCCCCCCACACGGAGCCCAGAGGAGCAGCCGUCACGCAGCUGUUGGGCGAGGGCGCCGCCGGCCCAGGCGAGCCAGACGACAACAGUGUCCAUUUCCCCUCGCGCUCCCACUCACCAGCUUCCAGCACCUGCAGCGCCACCUACAGCAACCUUGGCCAGUCCAGGGCAAACAUGAUCCCCCUGAAGCAGCCCAGAAACCCUAAGGCUUCAGAUGACACGCUGCCAACCGGGGAUCCGGAGGGCUCUGAUGGCGGCCCCAAGGCCACGCCACCCCCCCUGCCUAAGAAGAACAUCGCUCGGGCCAACACAGAGCCCUCGGCGCUGGGCAGGGAGCUCCAGGCUCCACGACCCAAAGGCGAGGCUAAGCCGGGCGGCUCCAACUUGAGCGUGGCCAACCCGCUAUACGACCUGGACUCCACAUGGGAGACGGCCAGCCAGGGCUCCUCCAUGGGCUCCGAGGUGCGCCCACCGGAUCAGGAGUCUGGGGACUCCCUGGAAAGGCCGGCAGCCGGCAAGGGUCGCCCAGCAACCAGCCUGUCCUGCAUGACGUCGCCUGCCACCGUCUCAGCAGGUCGCCAGCCCAAGCGGGGCUGCCGUAGCGUGGAGUCCCUCUCUGGGCGUGGUCGGGGCGGCACCCGGUCUCAGAGGGCGGGGCUCUACAAGGGCAUGGACAACUGGGAGGAAGUGCUGGGCCGUAUCCGCGGGCUGCACACAGAUACUCUGCGCAAGUUGGCCUGCCGUUGUGAGGACCGCUUCAUGGCAGGCCAGAAAGACCCCCUGCGCUUCGGCACGGACAGUUGGUCCGACUUCCGGCUGACCACAGGCCGACCCUGCUGCGAGGCGGGCGAUGCCGUCUACUACACGGCCUCUUACGCCAAGGACCCGCUGGUCAACUACGCCGUCAAGAUCUGCAGGAGCCAGGUGAAGGAGACACAGCAGCAACUGUUCCACAGCCUGGCCGUGCGGCAGAGCCUGGCACCGCACUUCAACAUACAGCAGGACUGCGGCCACUUCCUGGCCGAUGUGCCCCUACGCCUUCUGCCCUGGGAGGAGGAUGACCAGGAGGAAGAAGAAGAGGAGGAAGAGGAGAGGAAGGAGGCCUGUGAGAACAAUGUGAGGGUCGCCAAGCGGAGGGAUGUAGCAGACGGGGCCUCGUCACCUGGGCAGCCGAAACACACCAUGUCUGCGGGCCGGCUGCGCAGCCGCGUGGUGGUCAUCACCCGCGAGGUGCCUUUCCAGACAGUGGCUGACUUCGUGCAGCAGGGGGCAGAGCGGCACACCCACAGCCCAGACCUGUACGAGAGGCAGGUUUGCCUGCUCCUCCUGCAGCUGUGUCAGGGCCUGGAGCACAUGAAGCCGUACCACGUCACACACUGCGACCUGCGGCUGGAGAACCUGCUGCUGGUCCACUGCCAGCCAGGGAACCCUUGGAACCUGGACAUGCCCGAGCCCAAUAACAACAAUGACGGCUCCGGAUCUGCGUCCAGUUCCGGCUGCCCGGCCCGGCUCAUCAUCAGCAACUUCUCUCAGGCCAAGCAGAAGAGCCCGCUGGCCGAGCCAGGCACACUGCGCGAGCAGGCGCGCUUGGCCCCCGAGAUCGUCACAGCGACACAGUACCGCAAGUGCGACGAGUUCCAGACGGGCAUCCUCAUCUACGAGAUGCUGCACCGGCCCAACCCAUUCGAGGAGACGCCGGAGCUGAAGGAGACGGAGUACACGUGCGCGGACCUGCCGCCGCUGCCCGUGCGCUCGCUGUAUUCCCGUGGCCUGCAGCGCCUGGCCAGCCUCCUGCUCGACGCCAACCCGUCGGAGCGCAUCCAGAUCUCGGAUGCCCGCGCCUGCCUGCAGUGCCUCUUAUGGGGGCCCCGCGAGGACCUGUUCCAGGCGCUGGCCGCCUGCCCUGGCCCAGCCCACCGGGACGCUGCGCUGCAGAACUGGCUGGACCUGAAGCGGACCCUCAUGAUGAUUAAGUUCGCCGAGCGCUCGCUGGACUCGGCCUGCGGUGUCAGCCUGGAGGACUGGCUGUGCUGUCAGUACCUGUCCUCUGCCAGCACGGACUCACUGGCCCGGGUGGUGCGCAUCCUACAGCAACCGCAGCCACAGCAACUCUGAUCUCUGCCUGCACGCACUCCCCCCCUACACUGAUACUUUUUCACCCAUCUGCACUCUCCCUCUACAGCAGCGACCGUGUCUCAGGGUGCCUAGUCCUAAUCGCAGGUUUAGUUCUUAAGGGCCAAAGGGCCAAAGCCCUACAGUCUUUAGGGAAAGUGUUUUGCACCCAACACUGCAUGUGAGGUGACUAGGGUGUUUAUCAAUAUGCGUACCUGACCGUACUCCUGUUCUCGUGUACCCGUUUUAUGUCAUCUUCCAUUGCUGAAGACCAGUUCCAAUACUAAGAACAGGAGUAUGGAGGCCUGGAUGUCAUUCCUGCCCCACCCCAAAUAUCACUGAUGCAUCGAUUGCAUCCUCGCCAAAUGAGACCACUGCCAUGAUUAAUCGAGCCCCAAGUUUGUUCUUGGCAACUUGGCUAGACCGGUCUUGCCAAGACCACGAGUACUAUCUUGGUAUUGAGAAUCACUCUAGGUUUCCAAACACAUAAUUUGGUCCCGCAGUUAAAUCGUUUUGAGAUUCUACCUGCACACCUCCUGCUAACCCGAGGCCAGGCGGGGAGACUCCCUCUUAAGCUGCUACUUCAUGUCAGGGUUGGGUGACCCUGGUCCUCAAGGCCCACGUGUGAUCUGAUCCACACGGGUAAAGUGACUUGGCCACUGUCCUUCCAGUUGCUUUAGUCCAGCAGCUGAGCAUGUCCUAUGGCUCCUGAGGAACAGAGCUGCCCUCCCCGGCCCUCCACAAACACCAGGGCCUUCCUCCCAUCCAGCAGGAUCAAUUAGGCUCCCCUAUCCCACCCCAGUUUAAGUAAAAAUGCUGGUCAAGAAAUGAUGGAGUAGCCAGACAGAGCCGAUGCCUACUGCCCUCGACACACCAAAAUCCUCUUAAUUCCCACGACGUUUUUGCGCUGUACACAAGUGUUUAUUUAAAAAUUUCAUUCUUGUUUUUUUUUUCCCUCCAAUAACAGGUUUUGUUCAUGUUACUUUGCUCUCGUCAUGUCUUCAUGUGGGUUUUGAGGUGUUAACCAAUCGCGUCUGGUGUUUGGUGAUGGUCCAAGGUCACUGUGAGCUCAUUAAACAGCAGGUGAAAGGUAGCUGUGAAAAGGGAGAUGGAGCCAUCGGGAACCAGAAGCUUCUCUGGAAAGAUCAUUUUAACACCCCCCCCCCCCCCACACUGAGGAAGCAAAGCUUGUGCCAGUGUGUAAACCAGGGUUCGGCAGACUCUCCUUUGGAGACAUUGUAUGGCAACACAGUGUAAACCUCUCCAUCACAGCUAGGGGGCACAGUGGUUAAACUGAAGGGGGCGAAAUUAGUAUAAUACCAAGCUAAUUAAUUGGUCCUGAACUCUGAAAGUGUUCAGAUCAGGGAGUCUCCCAGUAAAUUCGGAGGGUUUUGACAGGGCAGAGCAGGCUGACAAACAGAUUAUUCGUCAGUCAAUCUGAUGAAGGCUGAUUCAUUUUGGAGGGAAUCCCGGCAUCUUAAGCACUUAAUGGUCUAGUGCAUCACAAUUUCACAUUAACAGCAAGGGAGGGGGCACAGUGAUCCACUGCCCAUUAAUUAUGGGUAAGGAAUUCAUCAUCGCCACCAGAACAAUGAAUUACGGAGACAAGGAGUAUAAAGUAAUAUAGGAACCGGAGGCUAGAUUUCCACUCUCUUGUUCUUGUUUAAAUAUACUUCAUUGACAGCUUCAUUGUUAAUGUAUUAAACAUUUGCUUGUUUAAUGUGAAGGUACCAUAUGGAAUUUUAUUUUGCCACCAUGCAGAAAUGAUUUGCCAAAGACCUAAAAAGAAAACAAAAAUGAAAUUGUCAGUAAUGGCACCUUAAAAACGCUGGAGUAUCACCCACACGCUCAGCGGACGAAGUGUCCUUACCCAGGUAACUUUGCUCAUGUGGCAUUGAACUGAAUAUCAAAGACAGUAUUUUCUGUGGGCUUGGCUACUUCAGUAGGAGUAUCCAUUGACUUUGCUAUUGGGACAAGAUCAUUUGGACAGAAUGUGACGGUUCGAUAACAAUCAAUGCUGUGUGAGAGGACCUCCAGGAUGGGCUUUUGAUAGGUUGAGUGGGAGAUUUAUUUUUUUUUUUUUGGGGGGGGGG